GUACAUAAACCAAUGACUCAUAGGCGCAUUUUGACUUUCAGGCAGAGAGAGAGAGAGAGAGCGAGAGCUCAAAAGUUGUAACAACGACAAGCCUUCCCCAAAAAACUUUUUCACAUCCUUGUUUUCUUCACUUCACAUUCCCUCCGGCCGCUCUCAGACGGGAUCUUUAAACUAUGGGACUAAUGGAUUCUUUCUGGGUCUUCACCUUAUUUGCAGCCUCAGGUUUUUCAGACUUCCUCCAGGCUUCCGGUCACCUGAUAGUCACUGUGGAUGGCAAUGAUAUACUAUCAGUAGCAUCUUAAUGCAUCAGUAAAACGAUUCAUAAUUCCAAACCAAUGGGGGCCGAAUAAUCUUUGCCGGUUCUGUGAUAUCGAACCCACCAAUUGCACCAACAGUGGUGUCUGCACUGUUAACUGCAGCAUUAACUCCAUCUGUGAGAAUGAGGAAGAAGUGUGUGUCUCUAUCUGGAGACAGCAAGAUGCUAAUGUAACUAUUGAAACACUGUGCCAUAAUCCAGCCAUUCCUCUGUAUGGACACCUGCUAGAUGAUUACAAUAAUACGGCAUGCAAGAUGAAAGAAAAGAAAGUUCCUGGCUCUGUGUUCUACAUCUGCUCAUGUUCAGUGAAUGAAGAAUGCAACAAAAAUCUGAUAUUUACUGAUGAUGUUGGUAAUAUGUUGACUGACUGGCGGGUGAUAUUGGAGGUUCUCCUUGUCACUCUUCUCCCAUUGCUUGGUCUGGCUGCCGUGGUGAUCCUUGCUUACUAUUGGUACCGGGUCCAGAGGCGGAGGAAGCUGAACAAAGAGUGGGCAAAGGAGCAGAAGGUCAGGAAGCCAGGUCGCCGGCGUCGACCUCCCAAUGACCGUAGUGAGGGCAGUGCCAUGCACCUUGAUGAUGACCAGUCUGACAUCAGCUCCACCUGCGCCAACAACAUCAAUCACAACACUGAGCUGCUGCCCCUGGAGCUUGACACUGUGGUGGGCAAGGGGCGUUUUGCUGAGGUCUACAAGGCCAAGCUGAGGCAGAGCACCUCGGAGCAGUUCGAGACUGUGGCGGCAAAGAUUUUCCACUUUGACGAGUACAUGUCCUGGAAGAACGAGAAGGAGAUUUUCUCCGAUGUCAACCUGAAACAUGAAAAUGUGUUGCAGUUUCUGACAGCGGAGGAGCGGGAGACUGAAAUGGGCAAGCAGUAUUGGCUGAUCACGGCCUACCACCCCCAGGGCAACCUGCAAGACUACCUUAUGAGGCACGUUGUGAACUGGGAGGACCUGUGCCUACUGGGAGGAUCACUGGCCAGAGGAAUUGCACACUUACAUAGUGAAUACACACCUUGUGGCAGGCCAAAGAUGCCCAUUGCUCACAGGGACCUAAAAAGCUCCAACAUUCUGGUGAAAAAUGACCUGACAUGUUGUCUCUGUGACUUUGGAUUAUCCUUGAGGUUGGAAUCAUCUCUCUCUGUCGAUGAUUUAGCCAACAGUGGGCAGGUUGGUACAGCCAGGUAUAUGGCUCCCGAGGUGCUGGAGUCACGAAUUAACUUGGAGGAUAUUGAGGCAUUUAAACAAACCGAUGUUUACUCAAUGGCACUAGUUCUAUGGGAGAUUACAUCACGAUGUACAGCCAUUGGUGAAGUGAAAGACUAUGAGCCAGCCUUUGGUUCCAAAGUCCGGGAGCAUCCCUGUGUAGAAAGCAUGAAGGAUGUUGUCCUGCGAGAUCGGGGAAGACCUGAGAUCCCGAACAGCUGGCUUAACCACCAGCUUAUACAGCAUUUAUGUGAAAUAAUUGUGGAAUGCUGGGAUCACGAUCCAGAAGCACGGCUGACCGCACAGUGUGUAGUCGAACGCUUCAAUGACCUGGAGCAGAUUGACAAGCUGUCUGGUCGGAGCUGCUCCGAGGAAAAAAUUUCAGAAGAUUGCUCUGUCAGUGAGACCAAACAGAACCUGAGUGCGGUCACUGUGGUGUAAAGGAUAGCUGGUGGACAACAAAAGGACAAAGAGGGAGAGCUUGUGGUCAGGUGGGGGCUGUUUGAUAGAACAUUCACGUCACCCCUUCAAAAGAAACUCUCAUGUUACUUAACAAAGGGUGGACCAUUCGACAUGAAAGGUGUGAAAUUCUAGGAAUUGAAAAGAAGGCUGGAGUAUCUUGUUUUGUCAUAGGAUUGCAAAACUCUGACCAGCAACUUCUCAGGAAACCAAAGAUUCCAUCAUGUAUUGCUUAUCCUUGCACUUUAUUGGCUUAGAAGUGUAUACCUCGAGGAAUUUUCAAUGUUUCUGUUCCAUAUCCAGAGAAUGGUAUUCACAUGGAUAAAUGUGCCUCUUUCAUGACAUUAGGGAAUUGUAUACAGCGACAAGCGCUUGGAAAUUCAACAUUUGCCCCUUUUUCUCCCCCCACUCCUCAAAUUUGCUUUCUCGUUAAUUUAUUUAUUUGUUUGGUAUACUAUAGGAACAAAUUCACUUGCAUGCCCUAAAGAACAUUCUUCUGCCGUUGUGAAUUAAGAACAAAACACUGUGGGCUACUCAAGAGUGAAAGCAAAAAUUGGACAGUUCCAGCACUAAGCAGGGAUCAAAGAUGAAGGAGUCUAGUCGAGGUCCAACAUGUCAAAGAUGGAUAUUAAUCCCUGGUGUUUGAUUGAAGUGGACACUGUUAGUAAAACGUUACCAGUGCGAAGUUAACCCAAAUGUAUUCAUUUUGAUUAAGAAGUGGGUUCUGUUGAUUUGCUGGCCUGAUAGUGGACUAGGGAUAAUUGAUUUACAGAAGGGACAGGAGAAUUAUCAUUCACAUGAUCAUAGUGAUGACAGAAAUGCAUUUGGGGAUCUGUGGUUCUCACAUCUUAACACAUUUAGUUAGUGGAACGACUGAUCUUAAGUCUGAAGCCAUCAUUGGCAAGAGGGAAAUGUUAGGCUUAAUACUUUGUCUGAAAUACCCAUCAUCAUCAUCAGCCUGCCCAAUAAAAUCAUCAGUGCUCUGACUAGUUUACGUUGAUUCAAUGGAAUAGUGUUACUUCAGAGGGCAGUUAAGCAUCAGUCUCAUUAGUGUAAUGGGAGGUAUAUAUGGGACCAGACCAAAUUAGGAUGACAUCUUCUUCAUUUUUCAGGACAUUUGGAUGCAUAUUUAUAAACAAUCUGAGAGCCUCGCCUUUUAGUGCCCAAUUCACCCCAAAUUUGUGGGUGGCUCACAGGUGAAAUAUUAAUUGGGGUGUCAGGGCUACUGCUGGGAGCAUGGAGCUCCAUCAGACCCUUCUGUGGAUGUGGUGGGGAGGAGUUAACUUUGGGCUAGUGCAAAUAAGAAGGCUAACAAUUGUGUUAAUAUCAUAUAUUCUGAUAUGCACAGGCUUUGUCUUUAGGUCUGAUCUGGUGAGAACCCUACUGACUGCCCAGCACAGUAGUCAAUGUAGCAUUUUGGAUGUGGAAUGAGAAUUUCUGAAGAAGGGCCUGAAGGGUGCAAUGGUUCAUCUAAAUUUUUUUCCAAUCUGUAUAAAAGUCAGUUUGGCCUGAUCCAUGGUAUGAUAGAAUGUAGUUUGCAUCAUGAUUUGUCAUAUUGAUUGUAAUCUUUUUGAGACUGCAGACAUUUUUUUAGCUUGUAUAAAAAUAACUGUUGCAUGGCCCAAGUCUCACAUUUAGAGCAGUUCUGUCAGACUAAACAAUGGAAUCAAUCUGUGAAAGUGUGAGGUGAGCAUGCAGAACCAGGAUGGUAACAUUGGUUCUGAUUUGUGUUUGGUAUUUUGAGGAUGUCUGACUCUAAUUACAAAAGGCUGUUUGAAAUGAGUAAGCUGCUUCCACUAAUAAUGCAUGAGUUUCAAGGAAGCGAUAUGAUUUCUCCAAAGAUGGGGCGGUUUUAUUUUUGAAACCAAAUAGCUUCAAUAGUAGCUUGGUCUGCCCCCCAAAAUAAUUAUCUCUUGCAGUUUCUCCUCAAUCAGUAAUUGGCACAUUGCAGACAUUGUUGAGGCACAAAGGAAAACACUGUAAUACUUUUAACACCAAAUCAGCAAUAGGAAUGACAUUCUCAGAUCUUACCAAAUGGUAGCAAAUACUACAUCGUAGAUUAGGGUUAGGAAUGAAACCCAUGCUGAAAAGUUUAAAUUCUGAAGAUGGGGUACAUAGACUAGUCUGAUUAUUCACUCGAAUGUAGAUAAUUCUGUGAAUCAACUUGAGGCGUUUAGAGUAAUUGAAAGAUUUGAGUGGAGAGAUAGAGAGAAACUAUUUCCUCUGGCUAGGGGUCUCAAACAAGUGGGCACAAGAUGAAAAUUAGUGCUAGCCAUUCAGGAUAACAAAGUGUGUAGCUGGAUGAACACAGCAGGCCAAGCAGCAUCUUAGGAGCACAAAAGCUGACGUUUCGGGCCUAGACCCUUCAUCAGAGAGCUUCUCCAGCAUUUGCAGUUCCCAUUAAUAUAAUCUAAUUUAAUCUAAUUGUGCAGAUGUCAUUAUACUGAGUGUGUCCAUGGAACUUAGUCAUAAAUAAAUUAGCUAACAUUUAGAUCUUAUUGGCUUAUUAAAAUACCUAAAAAUGCUUUCAUCAUCAUCUUAGAAUUAUUCAAUGCAGGAGGUCAGUUAGCUCAUGUCUUUUACUGCUCUUUCAAAGAGCUAUAUAAUUAGUUGAACUUCCCUGAUCUUCCUCAAUACCUUGAAAAUCUGUUACUUUUCAAGUAUUUAACCAAUUCCCUCUCAAAAGUCAAGGGCUAGGCCCGAAACGUCAGCGUUUGUGCUCCUAAGAUGCUGCUUGGCCUGCUGUGUUCAUCCAGCUCCACACUUUGUUAUCUCGGAUUUUUCCAGCAUGAACAGUUCCCAUUAUCUCUGACACUAGCCAUUCAGGAAGCACUUUGUCGCACAAAGGGCAGUAGAAAUCAUAAAUUGUCUUUAUUUUUCAAAAGCUAACAAAAUUAAAAUUUACAUCUUUUGAAUGAUAGGAAAACGGAAUGAAGAUAGGUAAAUUAAGAUUCAAGCAAGCCAAGUAGAAUUACGUAUCAGGAUUGCAGGGCUGAGAAUACCUACUUCUUUGUUCCAUGGAUCCAAAAAUAUUUAGUGAAACAUGGUUGCCUAACCCAUUAUGCAGAGAAUUGUGCAUCCUAUUAGCAUGCAAAUAUUGCUUGGAAGUGAAAUAGUAUACUGAGAGUUCUUCACGGCAGACUGUGAUUUUUUUUUAAGAGAUUGCAAAAUUUAAGCUGCACACACAUAAAACUGACUAUAUAAACUGGCUCCCAUAUAUUGGUUUUGCAGGGCUUGGAGAUUAAUCAAGGUUCAGGACUAUAAGCUGCUUGAAUGUAUUUUUUAUGAAAUUGUCAAUAUAUAUAAUCAUUUUUAUAUCUUUUUGUAAAUGCUGGAGUGCUCAACUUAUAUUAAGUGCCUACAUUAUUGUUUUAAUGCAAAUCGUUGACAUUUAUGCUAAAAUUGUGAGGUGAUAUUUUUCAUAGGAUUAAUGUGUCUGAUGGUUCUUUCAAAAGCUUUUAUUUUGAAAUGAUAAAGGGACUUCCAGGCCAUCUCAGGACAAGUCAUUGGUGACCUGUUGCUUGUAGCACAUUCUCCAUUCAUUAUCUACCAUAGUGUACAAUUUUUUAAAAGUCUAAGGUUGUCCAGAUAGGUUGCUGUAUCAGUUUCCAUUGGUACCAAUAUUGCUUGAAUCUAAUCCUUAACAAUCCAAUCACCUCAUAACGGGUGGGGUAAACAAAUAUGCACAAUCAUUUUAAUUGUUUUUAUUUCAGAAUGCAUGCAUUGACAAUUACUUUGACCAAGCAGCUUCAUUAAUCUAACAGCAUUGGCAUUCUUCCACGUUUGAGCUUCAGUCUUGUGCACAGGCUAGUAGGAAACUCUUUACCAAAUAGCUUGGUCCCAUCAACCUUAGACCAUCCAAAAAAAAAAGAAAUAGGCUAACUCUUAACUAGGAAUUCUAUUUAGAAUAAAAUCCCAUUUUGUUGCAUUUAUUUACAAAUAAAACCUCACGUGGUGUUUGGAUGUUUUAAUACACACAAGCCAUUGUAUAACAAGUUGUUACAAACUCAAUGCCUCGGGACUUCAGACUAUUAAAUAGGAAUGAAUGUAUAUUGGUGCACAGCAGGGAAAUUUUUAAAAAUUAUCUGAAUGAUUAACAAAUGUAUAUUACUCUGUUUAAAGCAAUAUCCAAUCAUAUAUGUACGUGUGUAAAUGCACACACAUAUAGAAAUAAUUAUCUUUGCAAUGUAAAGAGAGUAUUGUAUAUAUUAAAAAGAAAUUAUUACACAUU